UUUCUUUUCUGAAUGUAAACAAACAACAGAGUGAAUUCGCUGCCUGUUGCUCGACCUUCCAAUAGCGAGAAAAUGACAAAGUGACAUUCUUUCUCUCCUGGACGCGAAUAUAGUGGAAUAAAAUGUCUUUGAAGAAUGCAGCAAGUGGGUAUGACUCAGCCUUUGAGGAAGAUGAGAAGCUCCGGAAGAAGCAACAAGAGCGGCAUGCCCUUUUCAACAAGAACAAAGGACCACGAGGAGGUCUGCCAAGCAAACUAUUGCUUGCAGAUGCAGCAAGUCAAGAUGAAGGGAAGAGGCGUCGCUACCAGAUGUCCAACCUGACGGCAUAUGAACGACACAAAAUGCUCAUCAAUGAGUACAUUCUUUAUCAUCCAGGCAGCACAAGUGCCCUACAGCGAGAUACGUCAAAAGAUAAAAGGGAUAUUGAUGUGAUUCGUGAAAACCACCAGUUUUUGUGGGAUGCCUCAGAUGCACCUGAUACAUGGGAACGGCAGCUGGCUAAAAAGUAUUUUGAUAAGCUCUUCAAGGAGUACUGUAUCUGUGAUCUAUCACGCUACAAGGAAAAUAAAGUGGGCAUGCGUUGGCGAAUAGAAAAGGAGGUGAUUGAUGGAAAGGGGCAAUUCACAUGUGGAGAAAAGAGGUGCUCGGAGACUGAAGGUUUGCGCACCUGGGAGAUGAACUUCGGCUACAUAGAACAGGAAGUGAAGAAGAAUGCACUUGUAAAACUUCGACUGUGUCAUGAUUGUUCAUACAAGGUAAAUUAUCAUCACAAGAGGAGAGAAGUAACAAGAAAGAGAACUAAGUCUAAUGCUGAUAAACACCGACAUAAAAAGAAGCAAAGAAGAGAAAAAGAGGAAGACGAAACAUCAAAAGAAGAGACCCAAAGCACAGAGCCAGAGAAAGAGACCGCAGAAAAGGAGGAAGAGAAAGACUCUGAGGAUAGCAUUUGGAAGGGGCCGGCAAAGGUGGAGGAGGAGAAGAGUCGAGAAGAAGAAUUUGAGGAGUAUUUGCAGGAUCUGUUCUUGUAGGGAUGCUUAUUUGUACAUGUCAUUUGUUAUUUCUGCUGAUCAUAACGAUACAUGGUUAAUACACAAGGUUAUAUCAUGAGGUUAUCCCUUUCCCAUGUUCUUCAUAUGAAUUACAGAUAAUUAGAGAGACAGCAAUAAUUUAUGCCUGUGACAGAUAAGUACAUACAAAAACACACAGGAAAAAACCCACUCCCCCAUAAUCACAUCCCUGUGCACAUAUAUUAUAAUCAUUAUAUAUGAUUUCACUGUUCUCUUAAAUCUUUGGGAGGUUAAAAACUUACUUUAGUCAGUUGCAUUGUCAGUCCAGCUCUUCUCACAAUAUUAGUAGAAUAUCUGCAUUUGUAGGGAAUGCUGCUCAAAAUGCUAUUAACCUCAAAGGCCAAAAGAAUGGCAAAAACUUACAAACUAUGUACCUGCAUACCCCAGCUUAGCAUCCACAAAAUGAUGAACACUUUAUUCCUUGUAGGCCAUUCUUUUCCUUCAAGUGCUUCCGUUAAUCUUUUUUGGGUGUGAUAACAUGUUCCUCAGUAAGAAUAUGGAGUUUACUAUAUAGAUAGUGGGCACAUGAGUAAAUCAAUAUGCAGUGCUUUCUACAACUAGGCCUUACAUUAUUUCAGAAUGUCAGUUGUUGUUUUUUUCACAUAUUUUAAAGUUUCCAUUUUGAUACCAAAGGGUGAGAAUUAUUGGUCUACUUGCAGUUGAAUGAAGGGUUUAUUGGUUUUAUUUUAUUAUGAUAUUUGUGAUGUUUGCCUUUUAUAUUGCUGUUGUAGAAAUGUAUGAAGCCCUGGAAUGAAACUAAGGCUUUUGUA